AUGCGUUCCGGUGCCUCGAUUGAAAUCCGGUCCUGUUCUGUGAAACUGUUGUUUGCUGAGCUGGCCGCCAUUGGUUUGAGGCAGACCACAGUCUCGUCUAAGGGUCUGGGGUCUGGGGAACAGGGUUGGGACUUGAAAACUUUUGAGUCCAACCAAACUGCUGAGACGAAGGUGCUUCUCAAUAGUUCGGUGUCUCUGGGGUCAAAUUUUGGGCCUUUUAGCAUCUGCUGUGAGAGUCUCACGUGCAAAGAUUUGUCUAUGGAGACACCCCUAAGGCCUAAUAAGGAGCGUUUUAGGUUGGAAAGUGCACAACUAGAACUAGAAGCUGCGGAGGCUAUUAAAAGAGCUUCAAAUGCCAAACGGCGUGCCGCGGCAGCCUUAGGAACAGAUAGUUUGGUUCGGGCUGCAGAGGAAGUGGACGAUGUACCCGUUGGUGAUCAAAUUAGGGUUAAACUUCCCUCGGCAGAAGAAAAGAUUACGCCACCGACGCCGAGAUAUCCUUGGGAUUGCGAACCAAAUACUUCCUAUACGAGGCUCAGGUCGGAUAUGGCAGGCUACAACACUGAUAAGUUGCUGACUCGCUUGGAGUUGCCUCGAUGUGAACUGCCUUGCUUUGAUGGUCAGCGACAUCGGCGACUUGGUUGCGGUCGCAAGUACUUCAUAGGCGCAUUGAUCGCCAAUACGGGUGAUCCUGCUAUCAGUCGACUGAAAAUCAUGUAUGUGCACUGGCUCAAGCUGGAGGAUCGCCCUAGUCACAUAACACCAUCCGUUGGACUCAUGCAACGUUAG